GAGAGCGCUGGUGCCCUUCGAGUUCGAGGCUUUGGACCCAACAGACAAACCCCCUCAUGGCGGCGCCGGAGCCGGAGCCGGAGUCCAGGCACGAGACGGAAACCCCAGCACCGUCCCGCGAGCCGCCGCUGGAGCCGGUAGCUGACGCCGCCGCCGACCGGGCGCUCCAGCCGUGGGAGCAGCACGCUGCGGUGAUCAACCUCCCGCGCUACGACUACCGCGCGUCGGGCUCCCUCCUCCUCCGCUCCCACUCCGGUUUCCUCAUCACCUGUCCAAUCAAGCGGGAGAAAAGUGCAACCAAGGAAGCCAUUUCUAUUCUUGGAGAGUACAUUAGUCAUGCAAGCAGCCAUAGUUCUGAAAACUUGGAACCAUGUUGUAUGGAAGCUGCACCAAAGAAAAGAAAAUUAUGUUCUGAGGCUUCAGAAAUUGAACAUUCAGAAGAUACAGUAGCAAAUGGGAGAAGCGAUGCUUCAGAAUCGACUGGCUGCAUUGAAGUAGAAGCGAGUUCGUGUCACUCCAAGACAAGUGAAGAUGUUGAUAGGACUUCAAAUCUCUCAUUGGUUAAGUUAUCAAUGAGUGGUUUGCUUUUCUUUUCUUUCCCUAGUGGAGGCGUUCAUGUUAUUCAGAUGCUUACCGAAGUGUUUCAUUCACUGAGAUCUGGGAAGCUUAAAUCUCCACAAUGGUGUCACCGCAUAUUUCCUAUUCAGGAAACCUGUAUUCUGUCAGAAACAGAGCUACAUGCCACCGUAUCAAAGUUAUUCCUUGAUUUCUUCAAGAAUAAACGAGACCAACACGAACCUAUCAAGACUAGGACACCAAUCUGCUGCCAGGACUCUCCUGUUGCUGGACUGGCUCCACAUCUUGUCGUGUUGCGGACGGCGCUGUUGCAAGUUGGCUAUAAUAGGAGAGGCAUUGAUGAAACUGUUACUAAGACUCAGAAGAAUGACGAUAACAGCUCAACUCAACAAGCUUUGAUGCAUAGGGAACAAUGUUUCAAGGUGGUUGCUGGUGCUAUCAAAUCAGUUUCUGAGGGUGCAAUUGUUGAUCUCAAAUCUCCUGAGGUGGCAAUACUUGUGGAGGUGCUACCAAUUUCUGGGGUACCCAUUGGAUCUUCGGUGGCUGGGGUAUCUGUUCUCCCAGCUGAACUCUUCUCGGCUAAGCCUCGUCUUUGUGUUAAGGCUUUGGUAUCUGAUACAAAAGCAAAGAAGAAGUGAUACACCGGUCCGAGUACAUGUAACGGCAAUGCGCAGAAGAAGCAAUUUUUUUCCCCAGCAUGCUCAUUUCAACUGUGCCGCAACUUGAGCCUCCUAUGAUCACCAAGCUUCACAAACGAAGAACUCUUACAUGUUGUUCUACUAUAAUUAUCACGAGGAUUUUCAGAAGCUGAUUGCCUGGUUCGGGGUAGGUCAAUUUGUAAGCUGCAGUUCUCGUCCAGUUCUUGUAGGCUAGCUUCGUGUCCUUUUUCUAGCGGCUGCAUCAUCAAAACUUAAAUUAACUUGUUGCUGGACCUGGACAUGAUGGUGUUUUCUCUGAAAUUUAUUUAAUAUUACUGUAUGACCAAUUCAGUAACAAAGCAUGAAUGUUGCUGAGGAAGCAGCUUCUUUCAUGCCUUUCUUUU